UGAGAAUAAGAAUUAGUUAUGCUGAUUUUUUAUGAUUUGUUGUAGUUUAGGUGCAUGUUUGUUGUGUAAUUGUGUUAUUAAUUUAUUAUGAAUUUAUGAUUGAUUGAUUUCUGAAGAUAUAUGCUGUGAUGUUAUGAUUUCUGAUGCAUUUUUUAUGUCUUUUUCUGGUGUAUAUAACAGUUUCCAAUAAUGACAUCCAAAAAUUCGACUUCACCAUCAGUGGGAUCAACCGCGAGCGGUGUUCAUCAACGGAACUCAGAUGACAUUGGUUGGGAAUAUGGGUUUUGCCCGGAUAAAAACAAAAUGGAUAUAAUGAAAUGUAACUUGUGUGGAAAAGUGUUUACCGGGGGGUUACUAGAUUGAAACAACAUAUUAGUCAUGUGUCGGGAAAUAUAAGUCGAUGUCCAAACUCUACAAAAGAUGAUCAAUUGAGAAUGCGAAAUUUUAUUAACGAAGGGAAGAUAAAAAAGAAAGCUAAAAUCGAACAUGAUAAAGCCUUAAGAUCGGAGGCAAUACAAGUGUUAAAUGAUAGUGUUGAAAUGGAUGAAAUAAAAGAUUCCUUAAAGUCGAAAGCACCAAGUUAUAUAGGCCCCAUGGAUGGCUAUGCAAACAAAAUAAACCCUGAAAUUAUGAAGGGAAAAGGAAAAAAAAAGUUGAUCUUAACGAUGUUGUUCGGAAAGAAAGAAUUUUAGCAUAUCAUAAAUUCAUUAGUAGGUGGGCAUAUAAAUCUGCAAUUCCUUUUCAUGCACUGGAAGAUGAUAACUUCAAGAUGAUGUUGGAGGUUGUUGGCCAAUUUGGAACAGGGCUCCCACCUCCUACCAAAUAUUCUUUGACUGACCCGCUUCUAAAGCUUGAGGUUGAAAGAACAAAAAGUUUAGUGAAAAGAAACAAAGAAGAAUGGAAAGAGAUUUGAUGCUCGAUCAUGACAUAUGCUUGGUCUAAUAGAAAGAGAAGAAGCAUUAUGAAUUUAUGUGUAAAUUCAAGAAUGGGUACCGUUUUUAUAUCAUCAAAAUAAUGUUCCAAUAAAUCACAUACAAGUUAGUACAUGUAUGAUUAUGUGGAAUCUUGCAUUCAACAAGUUGGUCCCGGUCAUGUUGUUCAAGUUGUGACCGAUAAUGCCACGAAUAACAUGGGAGCUGCAAAGUUACUACAAGAAAAAAGACCAACUAUUUUUUGGACAUCAUGUGCGACACACACAAUUAACCUUAUGCUCUAAGGUAUUGGUGGACUUCCAAGUUUUAAGAAAGUCUUAGACCAAGCAAAGAAACUAACCAUCUUCAUUUAUGCUCACCACAAAACCUUGGCUAAGAUGAGAAACCACACCAAGAAAAGGGAAAUUAUCCGACCGGGAGUCACGAGAUUUGCUUCCGCCUUUCUAACAUUACAAAGUUUAUCCGAAAAGAAGGAGCAACUGAAAAAUAUGUUAUCUAGUAACGAGUGGGAGGAAUGCAAAUUUUAUGGAACACCUAAAGGAAGAGCCUCAUAUGGAACAGUGACAAGUCUUCAGUUUUGGUCCAAUGUGACACAAUGUUUAAAAGUGUUUUCCCCUUUGGUGAAAGUCCUUCGAAUGGUUGAUGCGGAUUGGAAGCCCUCAAUGGGUUUUGUUUACGGGGAGCUUAAAGUAGCAAAAGAAGAAAUUAUAAAAUCUUUGGGUGGUAACAAGAAAGCUUACAAGCCUAUUAUAGAUAUCAUAAACCACAAGAUGAAAGGUAGGCUAGAUUCAAAAUUACAUUUGACGGCUUAUCUUUUGAAUCCUUAUAAUCAUUAUAAGGAUUUCCAACUCCAACAUGAUCCCGACGUAAUGGAUGCGGUUCUUGAAUUUUUUGAUACAUUACUUUGUGCAGAUUUUGAGAAGCAAAGACAAGUUGUGAUGACAGAUUUACCAAAAUACAAGCAAAAAGUUGAUAGAUUUGGAUCGGAUCUUGCAAUUAAAGGUUGUAUGGUGAACAAUGCCGACUUUGAUCCGGCAAGAUGGUGGGGACUUUUUGGUAGCUCAACUCCUCAUUUGAAAAGGAUUGCAAUGACAAUUCUUUCUUUAACUAGUAGUUCAUCGGGUUGUGAAAGAAUAUGGAGCACGUUUGAAGCGGUACAUACAAAGAAACGUAAUAGAUUGGAGAAAAAUAGAUUGAAGAAUCUUGUUUAUGUUCAAUUCAAUGCUAAUCUAAUGGAAAAAAACAAAAAGACAAAAGGUAGGACUUUGGAAGUACUUUUAGCAAAUGAUUCUCAUGCAGCUCAAGAAUGGAUGAUAGAUGGAGAUGACGGUGAUGGAGAUGAAGUUGACCCCGAAUCAGUGAUGGAAGCAAUUGAUGAAGCUCUUGGGACAAAUAAUAAUCAAGUAACCCGUAAAAGUUCAACACCGAGAGAACUUUUUGAUGAAGAUUUCGAAUCUGACAAUGAAGAGCAAAUGUUUGAAGAAGAUGAAUAUGAGUUGGAUGGAGUUAAAAUAGUGGAAGAACUUGAAGAUUAAAAGAAUAUGGACAUUUAAAUAUAUGAAAAUGUCUGUUUCUAUUAGUAUUAAACUUAUUAUGGACUUGUAAUAUGAUGGAUUAUGACUUAAAUGUUUAAAUACUAGUUAUGACUUUUUUUUAUGGUUAUUUGCUUAGCAUAUAUUUAAUUUUUUAU